UGGGAGCAGAUCCAUUUCCGGGUUGGCAAAAGGGGCGGCGGCGGCGAGAAGGGGAGCUUGCCGCGGGGCAAGCAGGACUGGACGGAGCCAGAGCCGAGGUAGCGAAGGAGUCGCUCCCGGAGCCGCUGCGGCCAGGUAUAUGAGUGACCUAAAGCUGCAGAUUAAAACGGAGAGAGAGCAGUGCCAACUGCACGAAGGGCAAGGAUGCCAAUUCCUCCUCCUCCUCCACCACCCCCCGGUCCUCCUCCACCUCCCACUUUUCAUCAGGCAAACACUGAGCCGCCCAAGCUGAGUAGAGAUGAGCAGCGGGGUCGAGGCGCCCUCUUACAGGACAUCUGCAAGGGCACUAAGCUGAAGAAGGUGACCAACGUUAAUGAUCGGAGUGCUCCCAUCCUCGAGAAACCCAAAGGAAGCAGUGGUGGUUACGGUUCUGGAGCAGCUGCCCUGCAGGCCAAGGGAGGUCUCUUCCAAGGAGGAGUGCCGAAGCUGCGCCCUGUGGGAGCCAAGGACAGUUCAGAGAACCUGGCUGGUAAGCCAGCCCUCCAAGUCCCCAGUCCCCGAGCUGCUGCCCCGAGGCCUCCAGGGACCACAGCCAGCGGGCGUCCUCAAGAUGACACAGACAGCAGCCGGGCCUCACUCCCAGAGCUGCCCCGGACGCAGAGACCCUCAUUACCGGACCUCUCUCGGCCCAGUCCCACCAGCAGUACCGGGAUGAAGCACAGCUCCUCCGCCCCUCCUCCACCUCCCCCGGGGCGGCGUGCCAACGCCCCCCCCACGCCCCUGCCUAUGCACAGCAACAAAGCCGUGGCCUACAACAGAGAGAAACCCCUGCCGCCCACGCCUGGACAGAGGCUUCACCCGGGUCGAGAGGGACCUUCUGCUCUACCCCCAGUCAAGCCGCCUCCUUCCCCUGUGAAUGUCAGAUUGGGACCAAGUGGCCAGCCUCUGGCUCCUCCUCCGCCGCCUUACCGCCAGCCUCCUGGGGUCCCCAACGGACCCUCCAGCCCCACGAAUGAGUCAGCCCCUGAGCUGCCACAGAGACACAAUUCUUUGCAUAGGAAGACUCCAGGGCCUGCCAGAGGCCUGGCGCCUCCUCCGCCCACCUCAGCCUCCCCCUCUUCACAGAGUAAUAGGCCACCUCCCCCAACCCGUGACCCCCCCAGCCGGGGAGCAGCUCCUCCACCCCCGCCACUGAUGAUCCGAAAUGGUGCCAGGGAUGCCCCCCCUCCCCCACCACCAUACCGAGUGCACGGGUCAGAACCCCUGAGCCGAGGAAAGCCCCCUCCUCCGCCCUCAAGAACGCCCGCCGGGCCUCCUCCGCCACCGCCGCCCCUGAGGAAUGGCCACAGAGAUUCCAUCACCACUGUCCGAUCUUUCUUGGAUGAUUUUGAGUCAAAAUAUUCUUUCCAUCCAGUCGAAGACUUUCCUGCUCCAGAAGAGUAUAAACACUUUCAGAGGAUAUAUCCCAGCAAAACAAACCGAGCUGCCCGUGGAGCCCCACCUCUGCCCCCCAUUCUCAGGUGAAGCCUGGCUUGGUCCUGCUCCUCAGGAAAAGGAUGGACCUUCUCCUCUUCUCAGAUGGUCCCUUCCAUUCCCCUGAAACCUGCAUGACAGCUCCUGAUGUGUUUCUCCAGUGCAACCAAUCUCUAGACUCCAAGCGCCCUCCCAACUCACCUCCAUCUAUGCAUCUCAUCUCUGGACUUGGUGACCGGACUCUCUGUAUUGACAGCAGGGCCUGAGGCCCUGCACCCAUCCCUCUAGCAAGCCCUGCUGGCCAGAUGAGGAAGCAGCUUCCGUGUCUCCUGCUUUCCUCUGGGGAAAGGUGCCUUGUCGUGAUGAAUGAACUCACUGUCGGGGUAGGGUGGAGAAUGGUCCUCCCACCUUCUCCUACCCACUGUAGCGGGGUGGGGAGAGAGGAACUUGAUGGCUACAUUAUAUUUCUUCAUUUUAGGAAGCUGGUAUGGCCAGGACUUCUGGGAGUGGGCAUUUUUAGUGAAACAGGAAAGGAGUUUGCAGGGAAAUGAUCUGUUUUAAAGGUCAGGUUUGGAGCAUAGGCAAGGAAAUGGAUCUGCUCUAUUUUUAGGGGUAUUUUGGUUUUGCCGUAACCCCACCCCACGCCCAUACCCAGAAACAGGCUGGAUAGAAACACUAAAUACUAACCAGGUGAACUAAACAUCAAUGAAAAGAGAAGGUGAAAAGAACUGGGCAUCCUUUCAGAGCUGGUCAGUUCCACUGCAGCACAGGGAUCAGGGGCCGUGGUGGGAGCACCCGGGGACUCCCUGCUCCACUUCCGCAGGUGCUGAGGCUGAGGGAUGUUGUCGUUCUCUCACCACCUUAUCCCCUCAAGAGAAAAGUCCCUUUCAUUCGUUCAUUAUGGAUUCUCAAAUCCCUAAAACCUCUGGGGAGAGAUAGGAAAAUAGGACCUUGGCCUUGGCCUUAACCUUGACCUCAAGGCUGCCUCAGUCUUUUACUGCCUGGCUCCAGAAGCCCCUGGCCCUUUCAGUCCUGUUCAGAAACUUCAGCGCCCAGGAUGACAAAGGAGGGAAGGGUGAAGCACCUUGUGGAAAGGUCCAGCUCUGUGGGCUGUGAAGACUUUUAACUAAGGCCCACCGGCUCUGAAAUUCAUAGCCCAGCUGACUAAGCAGGCUCUUCCCAUUCCCUUCACCAUUUAGCCACAAGCCUGCAUAGGUUAACAUUUCUGAGUAGAGACAGGUGAGGAAGCUUCUGGGGGAGUCAGAUUCCUCUGUGCCAAGAAGCACAGUGACUUGGGUGAGGUGUGCUUUGACCUAGUUGAUCUUCUGUGGCAGCCAGCAACAUUGUUUCGUCUUCCAAGUCCUAGUUGAAGAGCCCAGAGAAAAUGGAGGUUCCCAGUCUAGGUAGGACCUGAGCUUGGAUCAUGGUACAGGGACUUGCCUUUCUCCGACAGCAGAGUGGAGCUCUACAUUCAGCUGGUGUGGUUUGCUCAAGCCUUUGAGUGCAGACGCUGCUCAGAGCUUAGAGUGAGGGCAGAAGAACCAUACUAUUGUUUGGAACGAAUGGGAAAAAGUCCACGAAGACUUUUCACCAGAUACGUCACAGGCUUUAACUGUCCUAGGGACUUUCCAAUCUGUUGGAUCACAAACUAAGGGUCUUUUCGUGGUGCCCAGUGAAACCCAGGUCUUCCCACUGCUAGAUGAGAGAGCUCUUAACUUGGGUUGCUUGUCUGGGGUCUGCUGUCCUUUGCCAUCCCCUGGACCAUUCUGACUGUUGAGGCAAACCACAAUUAGGUCUGUCACCACACUUUUCCUAAUCGUUCUUUUAUUUAUAAUUCUUACUUUCACAUCUGUUAGCAGUUACCUCUCGGCAGUAUCCCUGGCAUGCUGAAGCCAGGGGAGCUGAGAGGGGAUGCUAGUGGAGGGCAAAGGAGAAAGUGCAGGACUUGACACCACAGCAGAGUUCCGGGGCAGACACUGACUGGCUACUGAACUUGGACUGUGAAGUCUUCCCAUUUAUUUUUGAAAUGGGAGUAGAUGCCUUUUGUACAAUGUUAUCAAAGUGUUACCUUCCCCCGCUACCCCCCACUACUCAAACACAGAGCAUUGAAAUAAGCGUUACACGUAAAAGCCAAACCCCAGGUUUUCAUUGGGGCUCCUUCGUCCUCCCCUGUGACCUGCUGCCCCCCCAUAUUCCCCAGAAUCUGGACUGUGUCAUGUGGGUAUGGAUUGUAUGUUCAGUUUCUUGGCCUCAUGGGAAAAGGCCUGGGACUAGAUCUAGUCAGCUCGAUUUUCUUCCACAGAGCAUGUUGAUGACACAGUACCUAUUUAAAUGUCUUUGCCUUAUACCUUAUUUGGUCCCUCUGUUAAUAACAGAUUUAUUAUCAUGUAUAUUUACUAUUGAAGAAUGGGAAUGUGAGCCUCAUAGUUACUGAUCUAUUUUGUACGCUGUAAAAAGCUUGUAAUAUAGGUUUGAGGUGGGCUGGCUAUAAGAGCACUAAAACUUCUCACCUUUUAAACUGCUCUUUUUAAUCUGCUUGUGGGAAUGUCGUCUCUUCAGUGGAAGAUUGGGUGGUCUCAUGUUGAGGCUAUUGCCCAGUCCCAUUAGCCCCCUUAUUCCUUCCUGGAAGGAAGAGACGUUGCCCAGCUAAGCAUCAUGAAGCUGUGCUAAAAGCCCUUGUGUGGGUUUGGUUUUAUGCUGUUUUUCUCGAGUGGGAAAAACUUAAUAGUUGUUUCUUACUGCCCUUUCUGGGAAACAGGCCAGUGGCCUCCAGGUUUUUCAAUGAGCUUGAUGUCCCCGUGUCCUUCAUCUCUGGUUCCCAAACCUGGAUCACAGCACUUUAAUAUUCCAGGUUUUCUCUCUGGUGGGGGUUUCCUCCAGCCACAGCGCCCCCAGUAGUUUCACUGCCUGGGCCCGCUGAGUGAGAGCACUUUGGGUUAUCCCACCAACAGAUGGGAGGCUCCGGCCUCCAGAAAGUAUACCAGCUCUCUCAGCUGGCGGAGGCGAGGAGACUGGCCACUGCACUGGGGGCAUCCCCUCACCCCACAGCUUCCCAACUUGAAACCCAGACUCACCUCCAGGGAGAGGUGAGAGAAAAUUGUAAAUAGACUUGCUACAGAGCAACUCAGGGUUGGGAUGUGUUUUAAUUCUCCUGAUCACUUGAAAUAAUCUGUAGGCUGCGUGCUUAUGGGAGUGGGGGAGAAGUGUGACUCCAGGGUCCUUCCCUUCUGCAAAGCUCUGGGGGUGGAGUAAAGGGCGGCUGAGACCCUUUGAUGGCACUACACUGAGCUUUCUGUUCUUCUGGAAACCCAACCUACAAUGAGCUACAGAUCAGAUUCCUGACAUUCCAGUUGUAGGCUUUCUUUCCCUGUUGAAUCUCAGUCCCCAGCUCCACGUGGUCAUGGUGGUUCUCUGGGCGCCACCCUAACUUAGGGAAUGGGAGGCAUUACAACUCUGCCUUCAGGACUCAUCUUUUAAAAGCAGAAUGAAGCAAAAUGACAACCACCUUCAAAACACUUACAAAAACAAAAUAAAGGAUGACUAACCGAA